UGCGUUUUGUUGGUAUGUAUGUGUGUGUGUAUUCCUCUUCUAUUUGUAACGAUGUGUUAUUUAAUCUUUUAAAAGUUUCAUAGUCUCACUUUAACAUUUGCAAAUUACCCUCCGGCCAAAUCCCAUGUAUACUUGGGUAAAUUUUAAAACGUGGGGCAGAGGUUGAUCAUUUUGAUCAUUUGUUUAAAAAAAAAGAAAAAGAAACUAUAAUUCUAUGUUCAGUUAUGUGAGGGGAAAAGUGAUAUCCACUGUCAACAGUCUUUAAAUUUCAAAACCAAUUACAGAACAUGGGGAGACCUUGAACUAAGAAUUACAGAAUAUAAUAUAUAAAAUACCAAAUAUGAAAACAUAACAACUUAAAUUUAAAACUGAGAAAAAAAAACAUCACAUGUGAAAAAAGGUUCUGUGUCACACUCCUCACUGACAAAGAGAUAAAAUAGAGAAAAAGAAAAAGACGCUCGAGGAUUUGGCAACCUUUCCUGUAACACUGUGACUCAACGGCCUCCUAUGGUGAAAAAUUGUAAAGCAGGGACCUGAGGCACGGAAAGAAACAGAGACAGAGUGAUUCAGUGAAAGUGAAUGGUUCUGACUCUCCUACCCAUCAGUGAAGGGGGAGAGGUUGAAAAAAAGAAAAGGAGCAGGGAAAGGACGGAAAAAGGGGGAAAUGACUGACGACUGUGUGGGAAGAAAAAGAUAGAGAGAGAGAGCGAGAGAGAGAGAGAGAGAGGAGGGGCUUAAAAAGUAUGAACUUGUGUAUGAUUUAGCUGCAGGAAGCAUUAAGAAGGGAGAAGACUGCACACAGGACGUGGUAUACUCACUCUUCUUGGGCUUUACUCAGGACGAGUUGCCUUAUGGCUUCUCACAGUCAGACUUUUUCCACUGGCUCACACUUUUUCUAGUGCGCUCCUUCACUCCUGAGACUUGUCUUGUUAACAAGACAAAAAAGAAAAAAAAGAAAUCCGGAGCAUUCAGCUUGAACCCCGUGCUGUUUUUUUUUUUUCUGUGCGUAAUUUCUGUCCAGGAUCGAAAAGAAGGGCGACAUCACAACAACACGAGGACGAGGAAUCAAGACAGAAAUCAAACGAACUGGGGGAAAAUGAAAGCCGUCUUGGAUUUCUGCUUGAUUUUCCUCACGCUGCAGACUCCCGGCGUGCUGUCCUUGUCCACACAUGUAGCAAUCAUCUACCCCCAGGACCCCGUCCUUCUCAUGGGGUCCAACCUGACGGCCAGCUGCUGGGUCCACCCCGACCUCGGCGUCCACGCCAGCUCUUUGUUCUGGACGCUUAAUGGUCAACAGCUGCCCACCUCCCUCUACAGAGUGCUGAGCCCGACCAACCUCAGCGUGACGCUGGCCGGACUCAACGCCUCCAGGCAGACGUCCGGAGACAACCUGGUUUGUCACAACCACAAGGGACACAUCUUGGCCGGCUCCUGCCUCUACGUGGGGAUGCCUCCAGAGAAGCCGGUCAAUCUGACCUGCUGGUCCAGGAACACCAAAGACCUGACUUGCAGCUGGGCACCAGGAGGAAGAGGAGAGACCAACAUUAGCACCCAGUACACGCUCAAGUACAAACUCAGGUGGUAUGGUAAGGAGAAGGAGUGUGAGGAUUACACUCACACCCAGCCUUACUCCUGCAGCAUCACCCGGGACCUGCACCUCUUCACACCCUACGAGAUCUGGGUGGAGGCCUCCAACCAGCUGGGCCGGGCUACCUCUGACGUCAUAACCCUCGACAUCCUAGACGUUGUGACCACUGACCCUCCGUCAGGUGUGACUGUGAGUCGUGUCGGGCAGUUGGAAGACCAGCUGAGUGUUCGCUGGGAGGCCCCGCCUGCUCUCAAAGACUUCCUGUUUCAGGCCAAAUACCAGAUCCGCUACAGACUGGAGGACAGCCAAGACUGGAAGGUGAUGGAUGACGUCGGGAACCAGACUUCUUGUAGACUGGCUGGACUGAGACCAGGGACUGUGUAUUUUGUCCAGGUCCGCUGUAACCCCGUGGGCAUCUAUGGCUCUCGCAAAGCUGGAAUCUGGAGCGAGUGGAGCCAUCCCACGGCUGCAUCCACACCCCACAGCGAGCGGUUAAUGUCAGGCUCCUGUGACUCAAAGUCCAGUGGGGACUCCAACUCCACCCUGCGCAGGGAGCUGAAGCAGUUCUUCGGCUGGGUGCGGAAACACGCCUACGGCUGCAGCAGCAUGUCCAUGAAGCUGUACGACCAGUGGAGAGUGCUGAUGCAGAAAUCCCACAAAGCUCGCAACCAGGUAGGUUCUCCAAGGGGAUAAAUCCUAGCACAUGCUGCAUUUACAAGUCAAGAAAAGAACUGAGUGUGAUUUGUGUUUUUGUCUAUGUGUGUAUGAGAAGUGAGAAAGAGAUUGUAUUCGUAUAUGGGAAUUAUAAAGACAGUUUGUGUGGAUACCAGCAACAGAUGUGAGAGGACAUCUAAAGGAAAACAGUGGAAUUUAUGCAUCUUCUCCAGUCGACAUUAGCGCUGUUCUUCUCUUAAAGCUGCAACUGGGAGGGACUGAGAAGAUCAUCACAGACAUCCCUGUAUCACGUGGACUACUCUGCCCUCACCAAAGGAAAUUGUAGCAUGAAUAGCUUGGACAUCAGUAAAGGCUUUCAACAGGUACCUGCUCUAAAUGUGCACAGACACAGUCAAAACAGAUUCAAGCAAAAACUCAAGUGUUGCCGAAGCAUCUAGAAGUAUUCUGUGAUCUUUUCGGGUUCCUCCUGUGGAUUCAAAGCACCCUCUAGUGGCUGUUCAGCGUCCGUGGAGACUCCGAUCAAUCAAAGCUUUCACUGUGGUCCCCAUGUAAAAAGAAAAAAAAGUAACUAAUUAUCAUUCAGUAUUCCUAAAUCAUUCUUUGCUAUAUAAGUGGAUAAUGUGCCAAACUGGUUCACCCAGGAUUCCUCUGUUUCUGAGUGACAGUAUGUGACUGACGACAUGAUGGUGUUUGUUUAUGGAAACGUUUCACUGCCUUUAUUUUUGUACUGAAUUGUACCAGCAUAUUUAAAACUGUAUAAAGUUAUGUUUUAUUUCUUAAGUUAUGUUUAGUUAGUAAAGAAAUAUCAAUGACUGAA